GUCACGACGGCCGGCUCUGGCUCCUCUGGCGGCGGGAUGAGGCGGGCGGCAUCGGAAGGCCACCCCCGGCCUCAGUGAGGCUGCCGAGGCCUUCCUCCCUUCUCCUCCUCCUCCUCCUUUCACAGCCCGCCGGCAUCAUGAUGGAGGAGAUCGACCGCUUCCAGGUGCCCGCCGUGCGCGCAGAGAUGCAGCCGUUGGAUCCAGCGGCCGCCUCCAUCUCGGACAGAGACUGUGACCCCAGAGAGGGCGAGACCGUAGCCAUGAAUUACAAACCGUCUCCCCUGCAGGUGAAACUAGAGAAACAGCGAGAGCUGGUUCGGAAGGGGUCCCUGAAAAAUGGCACCAUGGGGAGCCCGGUUAACCAACAACCCAAGAAGACCAACGUCAUGGCUCGGACAAGGCUGGUCGUUCCGAAUAAAGGCUACUCCUCAUUAGAUCAAAGUCCUGACGAAAAACCAUUGGUGGCGCUGGACACAGACAGUGAUGACGACUUUGACAUGUCCAGAUAUUCCUCUUCGGGGUAUUCUUCAGCUGAGCAGAUUAACCAGGAUUUGAACAUCCAACUCCUCAAGGACGGCUACCGGCUGGACGAGAUUCCCGACGACGAGGACCUCGACCUGAUCCCGCCCAAGUCCGUCAACCCCACCUGCAUGUGCUGUCAAGCCACCUCUUCCACUGCCUGCCACAUCCAGUAACCGGAGGGGGGCGCGGGGCGGGAGGGGGAGCGCCAGGCCAAGCCGCAGAGCGACCGGCGCCUUCCAUGAUAACUGUAAAACCUAACAGCCAUUGCUUCCUCCUAUGGUAGGACGUGCAACUCUUCGUGUUCAUUAGAAGUCAGGAGAAACCCAAAAAAAACAAAAAGACAAAAAACUAAAAAAAAAAAAAAAAAAAUCCCUUAAAAAGAUUUAAUAACGAUAUUAACCAUUUUAAGACCCUCUUCCGUCUCUUUCUCUCUCUCUCUCCCUCUUUCUCUCUUUAUUUGUGUUCCUUUUGUGUUCAAACUGUAGUAAGUGAGCUGAGGAGGUGCUGCGUACAGGAAAAGUUUGCUUAUCUCGUGGGAAUUCAGGACGGGGUUCAAGAAUCGCCCAUAAUGGUUCCAGAGAUGGGUGGGUGGUUCGGCUUGAGGAUGCCGUAGGGCAGAGCCCUCUGACCUUGGCAACCUUCAUAUCUGAGGACUUCAACUCCCAGAAUUCCCCCCGAGUCUGAAGGUUGCUAAGGUCCAGAUAUCUCUACUCUUAAGGGGUCUCUAGAGCAGUGUUUCCCAAACUUGGC